AUGCCUGAUGCUCCCAGGAGAAGCAGUCGAAGAAUAAAGGAUGCUGCCGAACGGCCAAAGUCAGACACGGAUCCAAUGAAAGCUGCUGAUCCAAAGAAAGCAAAGGCUGUCUGGGAUACAGGCGAAGGUGUUGAAGAAGCUAUGCGCGAGCUGAGCGAGAUGGAGCAAAAGCUACAGACUGUCGUCAGAACACAACGACUUGCAGUCGAGUCCUCAGAUCUUCAAGUCAAGAAAGAAGCCGCCAACGAACCUGAUAUUCGACCGAAAAUGUACUCGCCGAACAAGGAUACUGUUGUUCCUCGAGGCAACUUGGAAGGAAAGUCAAAAGUUGUUAACUCUGUACCACUGGAUGAGUACGACGCCGAACUCGCUGCUGGCGAUGUCGCUGAUGCCAAAGAUGAAGACGACGGCAUGGACCGCGGUGCCAACAGGCCUCCCCCUGUCAACAGUGAAACUCUUCCUCUACCAUGGAAAGGAAGGUUGGGAUAUGCCUGCCUAAAUACAUACUUGCGCAAUGCAACUCCGGCCGUCUUUUCCUCGAGGACCUGUCGCAUGGCCUCCAUCAUUGAACAUCGACACCCGUUAACAAACCCUGAUGAACCAGAACACCCUACCAAGAACCGACCAGACAAGAACAAACCCGCAGACCACGAACGAGGACUCAAAUAUGUACAAGAAUUGGGACUGGCGAAUGCAAGAGAUAUUGUCAAAAUGAUUCGAUGGAAUGCUAAGUACGGCAUCAGAUUCAUGAGACUGAGUAGUGAGAUGUUUCCAUUUGCAAGUCAUCCAGAACAUGGUUACAAGCUAGCGCCCUUUGCGUCAGAGGUGCUGGCAGAAGCUGGCAAAGUAGCUGGAGAGCUGAAUCAUCGUCUAACGACACAUCCUGGACAAUUUACACAGAUUGGUUCUCCACGCAAAGAAGUUGUUGCCGCUGCCAUGCGCGAUCUGGAAUAUCACGAUGAGAUGCUUACUCUACUCAAACUUCCCGAACAGCUUGACCGCGAUGCUGUCAUGAUCCUGCACAUGGGUGGCACUUAUGGCGACAAGCAAGCAACCAUUGACCGAUUCAAAGAGAACUAUGCCAAGCUUUCAGACAGUGUCAAGCGACGAUUGGUGUUGGAAAACGAUGAUGUCGCAUGGAGUGUUCACGAUCUGUUGCCUGUUUGCGAAGAACUCAACAUUCCUCUGGUGCUCGACUACCACCAUCACAACAUCAUAUUCGACCCAUCGAUAAGAGAAGGUUCCCAAGACAUUAUAAGCCUUUACGAUCGCAUCAAAGCUACCUGGACCAAGAAGGGAAUUACCCAGAAAAUGCAUUACAGCGAGCAGACUUCCAGUGCAGUCACACCAAGAGAUCGUCGCAAGCAUUCCGCCAGAGUCAAAACUCUCCCACCAUGUGCCCCCGACAUGGAUCUAAUGAUUGAAGCCAAGGAUAAGGAGCAAGCUGUUUUUGAACUAAUGCGAACUUUUAAACUGCCAGGUUGGGAUACUUUUAACAACAUUGUACCAUAUGAACGACCAGAUGAAUCACGAAAAGCCGUCAAAAAGAAGGCAAAGAAGGGCAAAAAAGCAAACGGCGUCAACGGAGAAGCGAAGGAUGACAUUGAAGUACCUGAAAAGAUUAUGGGUUCUACGAAUUUUGACGGAACGAGCGAAAGCUUUUUGCGCUGGUUCAAGUCUUUGCCAGAUGCUACAUUCUCCGACGCCAUUAAAAUUGUUGAUCUUCGUGAUCGCAAUGCUGGUCGUGGUAUAAUCGCUCUCGAGGAUAUCCCUGCGGAAACAACUCUAUUUACCAUUCCGAGAAAAGGAAUCAUCAAUGUUGAAACUUCGGAGCUGCCAAAAAAGAUUCCAGAUGCUUUUGAUCUCGACAAGCCUGAUGACGAUGAUGCACCAGGACUGGAUUCAUGGAGUUCGCUUAUCCUCAUCAUGAUUUACGAGUAUCUACAGGGCGAAAACUCCAAGUGGAAGCCUUAUUUCGAUGUUCUUCCUUCGUCAUUUGAUACGCCCAUGUUUUGGUCUGACAAUGAGCUUGACCAGCUUCAAGCCAGUCAUAUGCGACACAAGAUCGGCAAGGCUGAUGCCGAAAAUAUGUUCCAAAAGACACUGCUUCCCAUUAUUCGAAGCAACUCUGAGAUUUUCAACGCCGGAAACAAGACUGAUGCAGAGCUUAUCGAGAUUGCCCACCGGAUGGGCAGCACCAUCAUGGCGUAUGCUUUCGACCUUGAAAAUGACGAGGAGGAAGAGGAGGAGGCAGAUGGUUGGGUUGAAGACCGAGACGGAAAGUCGAUGAUGGGAAUGGUACCAAUGGCGGACAUUCUGAAUGCCGACGCCGAGUUCAACGCUCACGUCAACCACGAAGAGGAGAGUCUCACCGUGACCAGCUUGAGGCCCAUCAAGGCGGGCGAAGAGAUUCUCAACUACUAUGGUCCUCACCCGAACUCGGAGCUCCUAAGAAGAUACGGAUACGUUACCGAGAAGCAUUCUCGUUAUGAUGUUGUCGAGAUUCCUUGGGACAUUGUCGAGUCAGCUCUGACCUCCAACUUUGGCAUCCCAGGUCAAGUCUUGGAGCAGAUUCGUGGCGCUCUCGAAGAGGACGAAGAAUUUGAAGACACAUUCGUUUUGGAGCGAGAAACAGGCGAGGUCAACUCGGAUGGCACUUUUGCCGAGCCCGCUCGAUUCGAAAGCAUGCCCGAAGAUCUCCAAGAACAACUCAAGACAUUCCUCAAAGGUAUCAAGAAAGCACAGCCCGAUGCUAUCCCUGACAAGCGAAAGAGAGACGAGAUCCACCAAGCUGUACUGGCCAAGACACUGGAGGCUCUGGUAGCAAGAUACCCAACGAGCAUUUCCGAAGACGAAAACCUACUCAAGCAGGACCUCAACCAACGAACUCGCAUGGCUAUUGCCGUCAGACUUGGAGAGAAGAAGCUACUUCAAGAAGCCAUUACUGCAUCUUCUGGAGACGUUGAGAUGACAAUGGACGACGAAUCUGGACCAGCCAAGCGUACAAAGCGAUGA